AUGUCCAAGUUAUACAUUCCAACAACCAACGCGGGCCUAGCUCAUGAUGCCGAUAUAUUUGAUUUGCAAGUAACUAUUCCAUACACAAUAACUUGUUCAGGCGAUGGAUAUAUAAAAUUAUGGAAAAACAAACUUUUAGAGGGACAAUUACCUCAAGACUUUUGUUAUAAGCAAUUUGUUAGCAAAAUGGGGGUACAUCAUCUUAGUUAUUUACAUACUAUUGAACCAAACACCACAUUAGAGACUUUUAUUAUUAGUUGUGUAUCAUUUGAUGGGAAAUUACAUUUAUAUCAAUUUGACUUAAAAACUUUGGUUUUUAAAAACUUGGGAAAGGAUUGUGCACCAAUUUUUGGUCAAUUAUCGUUUUGGUCUGUUAACUUGGUGGAACAAAAUGGUAUUUACGAUGCCUCCAAUGCCAAUAACAACAUAUCACAUAAAUUAUUGGCUACUACUGUCAAUGGCGAGAUAUAUUCAUGGGAUUUAAAAAUUAAAUCACCAGAACAAAAUGGUACUGAAACAGCACUUACAGCCUUAGAUCAAGUGAUUACAAUUCAGAAUCAUAUCGAUGUUUCUGAUGCUGUAACAACAGAGAUUGAAGAAAACUCAGACACUAAAGGUACAAUUAGCACUGGUACAAUUUUCAAUAAUAGCAUGAGCGGUAAUUUCCCACUUUGCUUGUCUCAUAAUAUUUCCAAUGAGAUGGUUGCUGUUGGUUAUAAUAACGGGAUCUUAUUAUUAUUAGAAUUAAAUACAUUAAAACCUGUUUUCCAGUUACAAAUAUCGUCUUAUCCCAUUAGGUCUCUAAGUUUUGCACCACAGCCAGUUUUAUUGGAAGGUCAUAAUAAUACUGAUAUCUCCGGUAACUAUGGAAGAAAAGAUAAAAGUAAGAAUGAUACUUUAUUGGCUGUUUCUCAUGAUAUGGGUUCGUACGGGAGACUAAGUUUAGUGAGUACUAAAUAUGGUGAACAUAUUUGUGAUUUAUCAAUACCAUCUCAUUCAUCAACUGCCCUAGGAACUAAUAAUAACAGUUCUGGGAGUGCCAAUAUUGUGGCAUUUGCCCAUGAGUCUUGGUGUUUGAGUUGUUGUUUUAAUGAAACAGGAAAAUAUUUAGUUAGCGGUGGGCUAGACGGUAAACUAAGAGUUUGGGAUGUAGAUAAGAGGGAAAGGGUAAGCACCCUACAUUGUAGUAAUUUGGAUAUUGAAGACGAUAACAAGAUUAUGAAAGUAGAAAAGGAAACUGGCAAAAACUUAAGUGGAAGUGUCGCCCUUGGUGUGUUAAGCGUUAAGUUUAUUAAUAAGGACGUUCGUAAUAAUACCAGUAAUGAAGGGUUGUGUUGUGUUUGUAUAGAUCGUGGUAUUAGAUGGUAUAGAGAAGCUGGGUCUGGUACCAUAUAA